GGUUGCUAUGAGACCCGCGCAGAGCACAGGACCAGCAGCCAGCCCUACACUGGCGGCUCUUACCUCGUACUAAACCUUUCUUUUGACACAGUUUUAGAGUUGCUUAAUAUCUGAGCAAGCACCUGACACAGGCGACUUUUCCCUUCUUUAUUCUCCUCGGUCCCUCCGGUGAGAUGGAGGUAGAAAACGAAGCCAGCUGCUCCCCCAGCAGCGCGGCGGCGGCGGGCGGGUCCAGAGAGUACAAGGUGGUAAUGCUGGGCGCAGGGGGAGUUGGUAAAAGCGCAAUGACCAUGCAAUUUAUUAGUCAUCAGUUCCCUGAUUACCAUGACCCCACUAUUGAAGAUGCUUAUAAGACCCAGGUUAGGAUUGACAAUGAGCCAGCCUAUUUGGACAUCUUGGACACUGCUGGUCAGGCCGAGUUCACAGCCAUGCGGGAGCAGUACAUGCGAGGUGGGGAGGGAUUCAUCGUCUGCUACUCCGUCACUGACCGCCAGUCAUUCCAGGAGGCUGCCAAGUUUAAAGAGCUCAUUUUUCAGGUCCGUCACACCUAUGAAAUUCCCCUGGUGCUGGUGGGUAACAAAAUUGACCUGGAACAGUUCCGCCAGGUCUCUACAGAAGAAGGCUUGGGUCUGGCCCGAGAGUAUAACUGUGCUUUCUUUGAGACCUCUGCAGCCCUCCGAUUCUGCAUCGAUGAUGCCUUUCACGGGUUAGUGAGGGAAAUCCGCAAGAAGGAGUCGGUGCCAUCCUUGAUGGAAAAGAAACUAAAGAGGAAAGACAGCCUGUGGAAGAAGUUAAAAGGCUCAUUGAAGAAGAAGAGAGAAAACAUGACAUGCUAGCCUUACUUCUAACUCCUUACUCUCUCCCUUUCUGAAUUUUAUCAGCUGGACAGUUUCAGAUGUUGCAUUCUGUCUGUCUGUCUCUCCCUCUCUCAUAUCUGUCAGUAGGUAAAAGCAAGAUCUGUGUAACUGUACCUCUUGAGAUAGUUUUGUUUUGCCCUUAACAGUUGGGUGAGUUUUGUCAAUCAGCCAGAUAUGCUGUUUAGUUUUUAUAACAUAUGACUAAAUAAAAUUGACAUUCGAAUUGACUCA